AUGAACACCAAGGAUCUGUUUGGGGGAAGCCUUAAGUGCUCCUGUGGGUUCCACAAGCAUGGCCCUCUUUUUGUAACCCCCCCCCCCCCCCCCCCCCAGCCAGCAGAUCUGUCAUCAGGCGCUGCUGGGUCUAGUGAGGCAGGAGGAGUUAAGACGGACGAGGCAGGGAGCACGGAGGUAGGGAGAGGAGAGACAGAGGCAGCGAGAGGAGGAGAGACAGAGGCAGCGAGAGGAGGAGAGACAGAGGCAGCGAGAGGAGGAGACACAGAGGCAGCGAGAGGAGGAGACACAGAGGCAGCGAGAGGAGGAGACACAGAGGCAGGGGCAGUCAACGCAGAGGCAGGGAGAGGAGACGCAGAAGCAGGAGAGGGAGUGCAGUGCUGCCUGUGCAACCUGCAUGUGGAGGGAGACCGGUUCACCCAGCACCUGUCGGACCACCACACGGAGGAGCAGUGUGAUACCUGUGGGGCCAAGGUGCAGGGUACUGUUGGUCUUUUGAACCACAUUGAGGGGAAAAACGCACACUUCAGGGUACCAUCAAAGCCGUCUCUGCCCCCUUCUUCAUCCUGCUCUGCCGCGCCACACCACACGGCAGCUCCACCACCUGCAGCACACUUCAGGGUACCAUCAAAGCCGUGUCUGCCCCCUUCUUCAUCCUGCUCUGCCGCGCCACACCACACGGCAGCUCCACCACCUGCAGCACACUUCAGGGUACCAUCAAAGCCGUCUCUGCCCCCUUCUUCAUCCUGCUCUGCCGCGCCACACCACACGGCAGCUCCACCACCUGCAGCACAGAGGGUCAACUGGAAAGGUUUCCUGCCUGACCAGUUCAGAAGGGUGAUCCAGGAAGCCGAUCAGGUCUGGGUUUCCAAAUGCUUGUAUGAGCCUACAGGCCAACUAAAGCAAUAGAUCCAGGCCUGCUGGUUUCACCCUCCACUGGAGCCCAAACCAUCCCCUCCUGAGCCUGGCUGGUACUUCCGGCAGAGGCUGUUUAUCUGGGCACCGAUGAGGAUGUGGGGGAUCCCCUCAAAGUGCCCCCAGUGUUCCUCAAAGAUGAACAGCUCCGGGAUUUACCGGAAGGUAAGGGAGGUGAUCGACGUGG